AUGUUUUCAGAAGUAUCCAGUUCCGGUUCAAGGCCUUGGAAUUUUGGAAUGACUCUUCCACGUGGAGGUCCACCCAACAUUAAAUUGAGGCAACAAGACCUUAGUGAUUGCCCCAGAGAUGGCGAAGGAACGCUCGAAAAUCCUAUGGUAAUCUGGGCUGCUCAUUUGACAGAGAGACAGCGUCGGGAAUUGCAAGUUCCCGAAUUUGAAUAUGAGGAGGAUCUUUACCGUGCAAUUGACGCUAAUGCAGAUAUGGCUAAGACAGCAGCUAUUAGGGCGGGAUGUACCAUCGCGUGGAUUAUUUGCCCAGUUCAUACCAGCAAAUACGUAUAUGACAACGAUGGAAAUAAAAUCCCUAUAAAAUGGGACAGGAAUGCCAACCCUGUGGAGUAUGCUGUUACAGAUGCUGAUCCCCAUCUUACUGUUAAGCUAGGUACGAGCGAAGACUUGUGCCAUCUCCAUGGGCACAUAAAUGUUGUUUUGGAUGAAAGAGGGUUUCCAACUGAUUUCAUGAAAAGCUUCCAGAGACGUCAGCACGGUCAUGUCACGGACGGUGACGACAGAUCUAUGGAGCUUUUUGAGUGGGGUAAUAAGGGGGAAUUCAACCAAGAACGUCUUCAAAGGGAGGCCGCAGAUUACGAACUCUUCAAGGCAAAGACACUGGCUUGGGGAGAGGAUUGGGAAAUUGAAGACGAUAUAAAAGAUCGUGAUUAUGUCGACAGAAGUCAUGGCAUCGAGGUUCCAGCUUACAAUCCCAUGGACUACGAACGCGUAUCCAAUUAUGAAUCAACAGGACUCAGCCCCGAGUUCGAGAAUUACAUCGUCCGGAGGUGGAACCCUUAUAGAGAAAACGGGUAUGCUAUUUCCAUACAAAAAUUUGUACUAUGGAGAAGCACAUAA